UUGGUUGAUCUGAAGUUGACCCGAAAUCUGUCUAUACUGGGUCUGUCAAUGAUGGCUGGACUAGUACUUCCUCUUCACCUCGAAAGAUCGCCGUUUAAUUCAGGUAACCAAGAAUGGGAUCAAAUUGUCAACAUGUUAUUAAGCAUAAAAAUGCUUGUUGGAGGUGUAGUGGCUGUGAUUCUGGACAACACCGUGCCAGGUAAACACUCAUGUUUACGUUGA